AUGCACAACAGCAGCGCCCAUGCUCUGCAUGCGGCUGCAGCGUGCAAUGGCUCUCUGCCCACGCAGGCCCUGAGCCCUGAGCUCUCCCUGGGAGUGCUGGUGCUGCUGGCCUCCCUCAUGGUGCUGCUGGCCCUGGUCACCAUCUUUGGGAACGUGCUGGUGAUCCUUGCUUUCGUCAGGGACAGGAGCCUCCGGCACCGCAGUAACUACUACUUUCUGAACCUCGCCAUCUCGGACUGUGCCGUGGGUGUGUUCUGCAUGCCCCUCUACAUCCCUUACAGCCUGACAGGGAAGUGGCACUUGGGAAGAGACAUCUGCAAGCUCUGGCUAGCCCUGGACUACCUGCUCUGCACAGCCUCAGUGUUUAACAUCGUUCUCAUCAGCUAUGACCGUUUCCUCUCAGUUACCAAAGCUGUGUCUUACCGAGCCCAGCAAGGAGUGGCUUCCAACCCCGUUGCCAUGAUGGUGGCCACCUGGGGCCUGGCCUUCCUGCUCUACUGCCCCGCAGUGCUGCUGUGGGAGCGCGCGGCCGGGCGCAGCGUGGUGCCGGCGGACCAGUGCCACGCCGAGUUCUUCCACAACUGGUACUUCCUCCUCUCUGCUUCCACCCUGGAGUUCUUCCUGCCGCUGCUCCUCGUCACCUACUUCAACCUGCACAUCUUCCGCGACAUCCGGCGGCGCAGCAGCCCGCGGCAGCCUCAGCAGCCCAGCAGCAGCGGCAGCAGCAGCAGCAGCAGCAGCAGCAUCAGCAGCAGCCUCUCCUGCAGGCUUUGCCUCCCGCCGAGGCCAGCAGCGCUGGAAGCAGAGGACAGUGUCUCUUCCUCCGUGAGGCCAAAGAAAGAGGCUUUGGUAGCUGAGGGUUCGCCACCAUCCAGAGGCGACUCUGGCGCCCCAGAGAGUGACUUCUCCGCCCCUUGCCGCGCCAGGAGCAGGGCGAAGCUGCAGCGGGACAGGAGGGUCGCCAAGUCCCUCGCCGUCAUCGUCUGCGUCUUCGCCGUCUGCUGGGCGCCAUACACCCUGCUGAUGAUCGUCCGUGGGGCCUGCCAGGGCACCUGUGUCCACAACUCCCUCUAUGAAAUUACCUUCUGGCUUCUGUGGCUCAACUCCUCUCUGAAUCCCUUCCUCUACCCUCUCUGCCACGUGAAAUUCCGAAUGGCUUUCGCCAGAAUGCUGUGCCCCAGGAGGUUUGCAGCGCUGAAAUCGAGCUCCUUCUAGAAUCAGAGAAUCAGAGAAUCAACCAGGUUGGAAGAGACCUCCAAGAUCAUCCAGUCCAACCUAGCACCCUGCCCUAGCCAAUCCUUCUAGGAGGAGAGAGAAAGAGGAGGCUCUAGGGGAGCUGGGGGAGGGAUCUAAGUAGCCAGAGUUUGAAGUGAGUCCUUUCCAGUUAGUCUGGUUAGAAGGCUAAGCUUGACUGCUGCAGAGAGCCCAGCACAGAGCCACAGAGAUCAUAGAACGGUUUAGGUUGGAAGGGACCUCAAGGAUCAGCCAGUUCCAACCCCCUGCCGCAGGCAGGGACAUCUCCCACUAGAACAGGUUGCUCAAGGCCUCAUCCAGCCUGGUCCUGAACAC